UAAUGUUUAUCUCACCGUACUACAGUCACAUACUGUAUGUAUUCUAUGUAGUAUCAAAGAUAAUAGCUUGAGCUGAGUGUGUUCCUCUGGCAGUGAGAUUCCUCGUCUGAUCCUGACUCUUCUAUCUUCUCUCAGGCUGGACAGCAGUCUACUGGAGGUGCUACAGAUGGACUUUGAGGUAGAGGAGCUGAGCAGCCAAUCAGAUAGCCAGGUGAUCACAUGGCACCUGGAGUUGCCACCAAACAACAGGGAUGGGGGACAGAAAGAAGGUUCCAUGAGGAUCUACACAACCCAGAGAGACUUUGUGGGCCUAGCCCCACUUGUCAUGGACUCAGCGAUCCUGAACACGGCUGUGCUAACUGGGAAGAAGGUGGUGAUGCCUGUCAGGACUGUGGCUGUGGAGGAGGACGGGUCAGUCACUGAUGUCUCAGACUUCACCGACUGCAGCUCCACUGAUGAGGACAUCCUGAAGGUGUCAGACAGGUGUGACUAUGUGUUUGUGAAUGGGAAGGAGAUGAAAGGCAAGGUGGGGAUGAUGGUGAACUUCACCUACAGCUACCUGAGUGCUCAGCUGGAGAUGAACGUGUGGAUCCCACGGCUGCCCCUCCAGAUCGAGGUGUCUGACACAGAGCUCAGCCAGAUCAAGGGGUGGAGAGUGCCCAUCAUCACCACCAAGAGGCUCAGCUGGAACAGCGAGGAGAAGGAGGAGGAUAAGAAGGGCAAAGGCUGCAUGUUACAGUUCCAGCAUGCCCUGGUGCGUGUGAUCACACACUUCAUAGCCGAGCAGUCGGACCCCCGGGAGCCACAGGCCUACUUCCUGGGCUCAGACUGGCAGGUGGACGUUACCAGGCUGGUGCGUUACUUCCUCAAGGUGGAGGACCCUCGCAUCGCCAGACUGCAGGCAGGCAGGGUGCUGUCAGGACGAGACGUGGGGAGCACCUCCAUCCAGGUGUUCUCCCCCAUGUCUGACUCGAUCCUYGCAGAGAAGACUGUGACGGUGGUAGAUGACAAAGUGACCAUCACAGAGCUGGGGGUGCAGCUGGUCACUGGCCUGGCUCUGUCCCUGCAGCUCAGCCCAGGAAGCAACAGGGCCAUCCUCGCCACGGCAACCACACAGGAAGUACUGCAGAGCCCCAAACAGGAGGCUGUGGUUAGUUCCUGGGUCCAAUUCAGCGAUGACUCCAUGACCCCUCUGGACAUCUAUGACCCUGCCUACUACCGUGUGACGGUGACCUCUCUGGAUGAGGGUGUGGUGUCGGUGCAGAGCUCCCCUCUUGCAGUGGUGGCAGAGGGUGAGGGACAGGGAGUACUGGUCAGGGUUGAGAUGGCCAUCUGCGAGGCCUGCCAGAAGUCCAAACGGAAGAGCACCCUUGCCGUGGGCAGUGGCAGCCUCAAGGUCAAGUUCCAGGUCAACAGCCGGCGCUUUGACAGCAGCAACAGCAGCAGCAGUAGUGGAGGUGGAGGUGGGGUUGGCAGUGGCAGAAGUAAGGACAGCAGCAGUGACUAUGGGAAUGAUGGGGAGGAGGUGGACAGUGAGAGGAAGCAGCAGAAGCCCCAGCAGACCCUGCCCAGUAGCUCUGCCUCUGAGCGGGAGGAGAGUGCCAUGCGCAAGAUCACCACCACCGCCAAAUCCACAGAGCGUGACUCCGUUCCAGGCGUUUCCAGUGAUGGAAACCGCCAAGGCGGUGUAGGCGGAGUCAUUGAAACAGGACGUUUCUUAAAUGCUGGAACCCUCAACAGCCCUGCCAGCCCUAUCAAUGACAGUGAUUAUAGCAGCCCUAGUGACUAUAGGACAGCUGAAGGGACAGACAGUGGGCUAGUUGAAGAUAUAGGUAGUGUUGCAGUCAGUAGCACUGUGAAAGCACCUGGUAACCUGGUCAACUACAAUAACUUCCCCUCUCAGGAGGAGGUGCCUGACCAGGAGCCAAUGGGGGUGGACAUGGGCAGCGAGGACAUGCUAUCCAACCGGCCUCUCUCAGACCUGGAGAUUGGCAUGUACGCCCUGCUGGGGGUCUUCUGUCUGGCCAUCCUGGUCUUCCUGGUGAACUGCAUCUCCUAUGUGGUAAAGUUCAGGCACAAACAGCCCCCCUCUCAUGGCCAAGAGCCCACGGAGCACAGGCACGACUGGGUGUGGCUGGGCACGGACGCUGAGCUGGUGAUGAACGUGCCUGGCAGUCCUCCCCAGCAAGACAACCACAGCGCCACCACAGUCAUAGACAUUGGGUCUGAUAAGACUGCCUCUCUGCCCAGGCGACCCAGCUGCCUAGUUUCCUCCAGCCCCUCCUCUCCUCUGGGCUGUGGGGGCUCCCUCAGGGCCAAGCCCAUGAACCGCAACGAGUCCAUCCAUUCGCCCACCAGCAAGAGGAAGAGGGUCCAGUUCACCACCUUUGCCUCUCUGGACCGUCAGCACUCCCCACACCCCCCCAGAGAGAACGGCCAUGGGAUCCACUGGGUGGGGAAGGAGGAGAACUGUGUUGAACCCCAAGUGCCCAUCACAGAGCCCGUGGACCAUUUAUAAUACGUAUCGGGACCGUUUCACCCCAACUGUGGGUGUGUAUGUGGCUUCGAUCACCUCAAUGCCUUUAUUCAUGGAUAAAAGCAGACAAUAUAAGGAGCAUCACUACUACUGGUUAUACUUAUUCAUUAUAUGUGAUUACGCAAAGAUCCUUCUUCGUUUCAAUAUCUGUAAAGGCUUCUUACUGUACAUGUAAAUAUCUCAAAUGGUUUGCGAGAUACAUUUUUAUAUUAGAUAUUGGACAAAAUUCUGUGAAUAAGUGUGAGGAUGCUUGUCAUAAACCGACUGAUGGCACUUUGUGAGGUGGAGAGAGGUUUAACCGUUUGACUAGUUGAAAGAUUUAUUUUUACAAAGCUUAUAGACACAAAAGCCUCUUUUAUACCUGGCGCUAACAUGUGUCUUUUUUCCUGAUUUGUCCACAUUCUGAUUGUGCCCACAUUUUCAGAAAUAUGUCUACACAUGGUAUUGAAAGGUGUGUCAUAUCUGUCCGCAUUGUGACGAGAUUUCCUGGUCCCUCUCUUCUCUGUAUGCAAAUAGUUUGACAGCUGUUCUUUCAAAAUUAUAUAUUUUUUAUUUUAAGACCCAUAUUGAUGCCAUAAGUCAAUAAUUUUAGAAAGCGGGAUCCGUCCACACUUGUAAGGAAUCAGCGGGUAACUGACUACCUCCAAAGGUGGUUAGGAAGAUCAGAUUACAAUGCAUAUUUUAAUUGUCUACACCUGUCUGAAAAUGUGGGCACAAUCAGAAUGUGGACUAGAUCAGGACAAAGAAUGCAUGUUAGAACCAAGUAUAAACGGGGCUAAAGAGAGUCUUUGUUGCAUGUGAACAUUUUUAUUCUCUUACCUUUUACACUCACAUGGUGGUAUCCCCCUCACACAUAAACGGACACGCUUUACAAACAGUUUAUCCAGAGUGAUUAUAUGAGCCACUCCUAAAGGUACUAAACAUAAGCAAGUGGUAUUUUUCUAUAUGCACUGUUUAUGUCUUCAUAUUGUGUACAUUCAUGUUUGA